AUGCAGGUGAAGCGGCUUCAUUGGAAGUUCCGUGGCAACGAUACGAUAAUUGUCAACAGGAUUUCUGUGGAAGUUCUCUGGGAUGUCCACAGUUGGUCCUUCGGGCUGCCUUCAUCACCAGGAAAUGCUGUGUUUAUGUUCAUGACUUGUCAACCUGUUGAACCAUGGUCUUUCACGCAAGUCCCGACGAGCUCAAAAUCUCAAAGAUAUGGGUUUUCGUUGAUUAUGUACGCUUGGAAGAAGAGUAGAGAAUAA